CCCUCUGCGGGCCCCGGCCCCUCGCUGUUCCUCCCGGAAGCGCCGGCGGCGUGUGCACGUAUGAAGCGCGAGCCGUGCGCCUCGGAGGUCGCCCCCGCGGCGGCCGCGCUCUUCGCCUGGGGUGCAAAUAGCUAUGGGCAACUUGGCCUCGGCCAUAAGGAAGAUGUGCUUUUGCCCCAGCAACUGAAUGACUUCUGUAAACCUACAUGUGUCAGGAGGAUCACGGGAGGAGGGGGCCACUCUGCAAUUGUGACAGAUGGAGGAAGCCUUUUUGUUUGUGGCCUGAACAAAGAUGGGCAACUGGGGCUUGGUCACACAGAAGAUGUCCUGUAUUUUACCCCCUGCGAAUCCCUCCUUGGCUGUCCCAUCCAACAGGUGGCCUGUGGCUGGGAUUUUACCAUUAUACUCACAGAAGAUGGCCAAGUUCUAUCAUGUGGAUCCAACUCUUUUGGCCAGUUAGGAGUUCCUCAUGGACCUCGAAGAUGUGUGGUUCCCCAGGCCAUUGAGCUCCUGAGAGAGAAGGUUGUUUGUAUUGCUGCUGGACUGAGGCAUGCAUUAGCUGCUACAGUGAGUGGCAAUGUGUUCCAGUGGGGGACUGGUCUGGCAUCAUCUGGACGACGGUUGUGCCCUGGGCAGACUCUCCCAUUGUUUUUGACAGCAAAGGAACCAAGCAGAGUGACAGGUCUAGAGAAUUCUAAACCAAUAUGUGUUCUUGCUGGUUCAGACCACUCAGCUUUGUUAACAGAUGCAGGAGAGGUGUAUGUUUGGGGAAGCAACAAGCAUGGGCAGCUGGUUACCCAGGCUGCCUUCCUUCCUAUGCCCUGGAAAAUAGAAGCACAUUGUUUUCAGAAUGAAAAGGUCACUGCCAUCUGGAGUGGGUGGACACACCUUGUUGCUCAGACAGAAACUGGCAAGAUGUUUACCUGGGGCCGAGCAGACUAUGGUCAACUAGGGAGGAAGUUGGAGUCUCCUGAAGGCUGGAAACUAGAAAAGCAGGAUUCAUCCCUCCCCUGCUCAAGACCACAGAACAGCGUGCCUUCAUCUCUGCAUUGCUUAAUGGGAGCAACUGAGGUCUCUUGUGGCUCAGAGCAUAAUUUGGCAGUAAUUGGUGGGGCCUGUUACUCUUGGGGCUGGAAUGAGCAUGGCAUGUGUGGAGAUGGCACCGAAGCCAACAUCUGGGCCCCGAAGCCCGUGCAGGCUCUGCGGUCAUCACCAGGACUCCUUGUGGGCUGUGGAGCUGGCCACUCCCUGGCCCUUUGCCAACUGCCAGCGCACCCUGCACCAGGCCAGGAUCCCAAGGUCACCUGCCUUUACCCAGAUGCCACCGAGGACACUGAAUCUCAGGAAACCACAGACAAAGAGAGAAACUGGAAGGGAAGACAAUCAGAAAUUGCAACCCAAAGCCAAUCUGACAGGUCCGGAAAUAGGGGACUGUGAUAAAGAACCUUUAAUAAAGUGGCUUUUCCCACCAAAA